AUGGGAUAUUUAGAUAAUAUGAGUUAUAAAGAAGGAGAGAAUACUUAAAAUUAGUAUAACGAGAAGUCAAAAGCAAUAGUGGAUGGUUACUAUAUAUGUUUAUUUUAUGAAUAAUUGAUGAUAGUGCAUCUAGAUUGGGUAUUACAAUUAAGUAACUACGUAACUGUCAGCUAAGAGUCUACUCAUUAUGUUGUCUUGACAGCAAGAAUGUUCAUUAAUUUAAUUAAUGAUGAGGGUUGA